AUGCGCCUUACUUCCACAAGCUCGAUGCUUCUCGCCUCCGUCGCAAUCUCUUCCGCCGCUGCUAUGCCGCUUUCGCCCAUUGUUGUGCCGACGCAGGACGUCGCCGCACUCCUCGGGCUUACCUCUGCGUCCUCCACUCCAUCAUUCGCAUCCUCCGCAAGUGUCCCCACCCGAGGACCCGCGCUGCACAGGAAGAAGCGCGACGACGCCGGAUUCACGCUUGACGACCCUGACACCAGCUCUGUCCUAGGUGCACAAAUGGGUCUCCCGGCCUUCAUAGAAGGCACAGAACUUGAGCCCGCUGCCGCGAUCCCGAUCAAUAGCUGGAUGAGGGCCCACUCCACCACGUUCACCACCCAGUCGACUGCCGCCGCCGUAAGCACGGCCUCUAGCACGAACCCACUAUUUCAUGGGUUUUUGCUGCUCAAACUGAGGUGA